CGAUUGAUUUUCUUAACAGAUUCAAGUCGGACUGUAAACAGUGUAGCACACUAGCAUGACACCAAUGUAGCAUUUUCGUUUGUUUUUUGUAAUUCUUGUUUUGGUUACUACCUUUAGCAUAAUAGUAGCCAUGAAACUGUGUCAGGUCCUGCGUAAUGUCGGCAAAUUUCGAACUGUUUUCGACUUCGGUGGACGGGAAGUGGCUCAUUGGUUCCCCGGACACAUGGCUAAAGGACUCAAACAGAUGAAAGCCGGCCUGAAGAGUGUGGACUGCAUCAUAGAAAUACAUGAUGCCAGAAUCCCUUUCUCUGGCAGAAACCCUUUGUUUCAGGACACACUGGAUGUCAAACCACAUCUGCUUAUACUAAACAAGAUGGACCUCUCUGAUCUGUCUAACAAGCAGAGGAUCCUAAAGAAACUACAACAAGAUGGAGUGAGGAAUGUUCUCUUCACUGACUGUUUAAAGCAAAGAGAUGACAACAUCAAAAAGUUGGCACCGAUGAUGGUCAAAAUAAUUGAGAACAGCCCUCGUUUUAACAGAGAGGAGAACACAAGUUACUGCCUGAUGGUGAUUGGAGUACCCAACGUGGGAAAGUCAUCGCUUAUUAACUCACUGAGGCGAACACACUUAAAAAAAGGUCGUGCAUCUCGGGUUGGUGGAGAGCCGGGAAUAACUAGAGCGGUCCUGACUAAAAUCCAGGUGUCUGAGAGACCCUUAAUCUAUCUGCUGGACACACCAGGAGUGCUACCUCCAAAAAUUCAGAGCGUAGAAACAGGCAUGAAGUUGGCAUUGUGCGGAACUAUCCUGGAUCAUUUAGUGGGUGAAGACAUUAUUGCCGACUACCUGCUCUAUUCUCUGAACAGACUUGGGAAUUUCAGUUACGUGGAGAAAUACGACCUCCCAGAGCCAAGCGACGACAUCCAGUAUGUUCUGAAACGCAUCGCUGUGAAACUUCGAAAGACCCAGAAGGUCAAAGCCCUUACAGGAGUGGGAAACAUCACCGUUACCAUCCCGAACUACUCCGCAGCAGCUUACGAUUUCAUCAGAGCAUUCAGGAAAGGAGAGCUGGGACCAGUAAUGCUGGAUUGAUCUGACCUGUUUUAUUUUUUUUAUUUAGGCAUCAUCAGAUGAGUAUUCUGGUACUUGUGUCUGCCUUGAUAAAAUAUAAAAAUGAGAUCAUUGUAUCUUUUGUAAAUAAAAUAAGGAAGUUUUA